AUGGUUCUCAAAAGUAAUUUUGAAAUUCGUUGUAAAAGUAUAAGGAAUUUUAGAAGAUCACGAGAUGGUCAGACGACGAAAGAUAACUUUCAGCAAGUUGAGACUCCGUUUCAGGGGGUACACGUUGAAACCGGGCCUGUGCAUUAUAGCACUUUGAUAAGACCUUUGGGAUUCACAAUCGCUUUUACUUGUGCUAGUGUAGUUGCAACAUCGAUUUGGCAAUAUGAAAACUUAAGAAGUAGAGUUUCUAAUGCAGUACGAAAUCCUGUUGGAUGGAUUCAGAAUAAGUUGCAAUAUCCCACACACAAAGCAAUAGGUUGGAGACGAGACCUAAAUAACUGGUGGAAAAAUCUGUCAGAUGCUGAAAAAUUAUUUAUACCAAUUUGUUUUCUGAAUGUCUUAGUGUUUGGAGCGUGGCGUGUGCCUCAAUUCCAACCGGCAAUGGUUAAAUAUUUUUGCUCAAAUCCUGCCAGUCGUGCAAUUUGUUGGCCAAUGUUUUUGUCUACGUUUAGUCAUUACUCGUUUUUUCACUUGGUAGCAAAUAUGUAUGUUCUGCAUAGUUUUAGUUCAGGUUAG